AUGGGCUUAAACACUCUCGUGGCCGGCGUUGCCGGUGUGGCUGCCGUCGUCACCACGUUGAGCCUCAUCACUGUCGCCUAUCUUGUUAAUGAUAUUAACAAUUUUUACGACGAUGCAAUCGAGGAGCUCGCUGAUUUCAAGGACCUAGCGAAUUCUGCCUGGCACGAGAUGCGACCGAGCCCCAUGCUAGCCCUUCGGCAACCCCGUGCCAUCUUCGUCCGCGAGCGUCGUCAAUAUCCCGCAUUUCCCGCACACUGCAAUUGCGGACCACAAGUGGGUGGCUGUCCAGCGGGACCGCCAGGUCCUCCCGGACCUCCAGGAAUACCGGGAGAUCGAGGAAUGCCAGGACCACCAGGUCAGAGAGGCAACGAUGGUAUCAGAAUUUCCCCAUACGGAGGGCCAACCGGCUGUAUCCAAUGCCCUAUGGGCCCACCAGGUGCCCCUGGUCUCGAUGGGCCUCCAGGCCCACCAGGACCAAACGGAAUGCCUGGUAGCCCCGCCUAUGCUGCUGCAGCUGGAAUGCCAGGACCACCUGGACCACCGGGAGACGCUGGCAUGCCUGGAGCUCCAGGAAUGGCUGGCGCUCCAGGACUACCAGGAGCGGACGGAACUAGAUCGACACCGUUACCUGGACCUGCGGGAGCACCUGGUCCAAUGGGUCCUCCUGGACCGCCUGGAAUGGAUGGGCAAAGUGGCGGCCCUCCCCUCCCUGGACCACCUGGACUUGGUGGACCUCCUGGUCUUCCUGGUCCUCCUGGACCCGAUGGAAUGCCAGGCGAACCUGGUUUGCCGGGUGCCCCUGGCGUUGACGGUGAAUACUGUCCAUGCCCUCCGAGGAGCGCUGCAUUUAUGAGGAAGAGCGUAGCAGCAGCGGUGAACAGCUAUACCGCGACUCGUAACUAUGGAACAUCCUCAGUCGACUUCAAACAUAAGAUGAACGCAAUCAAACGAACUGCCAGAAGAUUCGCUACUGCCAGGAAGCGCGCAUCGAGAGUAUGA